AUGACCAUGACUUCGAUAAAAUUCAAAGUGACACGGGAGGACAGCGUGCCGACAUCUGGCGGCAACUCCAGUGAACUAUUUACGCCGCAUCUGCUGGCUCCUAGAAACUCCCUCACAUCGGCAACAGGUGGGUUUAAAGCAGGAUCCUGCAGCGUCGUCCUGCUGCUUGCAGAAAUCGAAGUUAGAGCGCAGUAUUCUAUACGAAGAAGGCGUCCAAUGACGUUAAAGAUUAUGCCCAGGUUAAGUCUUCCAACACAAAGCACAUCUGCUCCGACUUCAACAACGGAUUCAGAAUGGCCACCUGUAAGUGACAAAAUGUGCUCGACAAAACUCGAGGUUCAAAAAGAGAUACAGGCUCGCCUGGAGCAGGACCACAGACGUAGGGAACACAUGCUGAGUGUGCGCGGAAAUAGGUCUUGCUCGGAGCAAGGACCGCAUCCAGGUUAUCACUUGUGGGGAACGAGGAGGUCCAGAAAAAGGACGUCGGCGCCCCAAAUGGGCACCAGCGGUGGGAUGAGGACUGCGCUGAUACUGAGGUCAAGGAGGUCCUGGCCCGUUGCACCUGUUGCAUCCACAAGGUAA